AUGUUAGGCCUCGUCACGUCACCGCGGAACGGCUGCUUAGAGAACUUGGAACACCGAAGUACACAAAGGAGUGAUGGAGAUGACAAAACAGCAGAGGAAAGCAGGCAGAGGUUCUCCUUCGAAUCAGAUGCUUUUGAACCAUUGGUUCCCCCAGACUUUCAACUUGAACUUUCAAAACUCAGAAUCCCAGUCGCCGAAGACCUCCCUCGGAGGAUAGAGGUUUCUAGAGAAGAAUCUCGCGAAGAAAACGAGAACAUAACUGAAGACGAAAACGGAACAGAAGAUGAUAAUGAAAGGGAAGACGAAAACGGAAGUGAACAAGAUGGUCGAGAGGACAGUCCGGAAAGUGAUAAUGAGGACAACGAAGAUGAUGAUAGAACUGAUCAAGAUUCUAACGAAGAAGAAGACGAUCAGAGGGGGAGUGAACGAUCCAACGAAGAAGGUGAUGAGGAAGAUGAGAGAAAGGAAGAAGCACCUUCUGAUUACGAAGAUUACGAUUCACCAAAAAAUACUAUUUCUUAUCAUUACGAUGAGAGCGGCGAGGAACCCGAGAAGAAGCCGAAGAAGAAGCGACCACACGUGGACUACGAGGUGACCGAGACGAUCCCCCACGACACGAAGACCGUCCGGCCGAUGCAGAAGGUGUACCCUCUGCCGCCCCCUUGCCCCGGGGCGCCGCCCCCGACCUACCCCACCACCGAGGCCCCAUCCACCAAGAUGCCUCCGCCCCCACAACCUCCGACAUUUCCGCCGGCUCCAACUUUCCCUCCCUUUCCUAAAAUAUUCCCCGACAACCCGCACUCACUUUUAUCUCAAGACGAUUUCCUCGAUUCAUAUUUCCCGACAUCCUUCAUGUCCUCCUCGUCUUCCUUCCCUAAAGCGAUGUUCCGGAUGCCAGCCCCGAUUCGGAAACAUCCUCUGAAACGUUACACGCCCGGUGGAAAGGAAUCGCAGAAGAUUCACAAGAGAGUAGCUAACCCUCGAGUCAUCCUGCGCUACCACCAGCCCACCGCCUUGGUGAUCCGCAAGGUCCAGCACGGCCCACCUCCUGACAGGGUCAUCAUCAGGAAGCCGCUGGCACCGCCCGUGAAGGAGGUCCACAUCCACCACCACCACGACACUCCAGGCCAGGUUCUCCACAUCCACAAAGAUGACGAUGGAACCCUCCUGGACACGGCCAGGUUCAAGGCCAACGUUGAGGGUCAGCGACUCGUAAGCGACAGCCAAUACGAGACUGCGACGACUGGUCCCUUCGCAGAGCCACCGUCCAACAUCCGCCUCUCGUCCAGGCGGGUCUCGUAGUAUUGACCUUUAGUUCGGGUUGAAUUUAUUAUACCUGCUCAAGUUG